AUGGAAGGGAGACGCCUCGCCGUCAUCUGCUCCCACUUGGGCCAAGUCAGUCCCCGCCGGCCGGCUUCCGCAACGGGAUCCGGUCGGCCUCCCCCUGGCGGAGUCCACACGUCUGCUUGUGAGGGGAGCGGUGGGGGGACAGUUCCCAGGAGCGGGAGGCUGGGGAUGGGAAAUUGCAUCUUCUGCAUGAUCGUUCGCGGAGAAUCCCCUGCUUUCAAGGUUUCAAUUCACAUCCCAACUUCAUAUUUCGUUCAUCCUUCGGGUGAAUUCAUUCAUCUCAGCAUCGUAAUUUCGAUUCUUGGGCGUCUAAUCGGAAAGAAGACAUUUCCCUCCAAAUCCGCCGUUUCAGGAUCUUCCAUGCGUUUUUGGUUUAGGCGGUACUUCAUCGAGGUUGCAUCUGAUAUGAAAUAUCAGUGGGAAUUCGGCUACAUCACUGUGAUCAGUGAUUAGUCUGCGUAAAUAACACUGGAUCAUCAUGCUCUGUUGAACUCGGAUUUAUUCGAGUAAUGUUGUCACAAUGACUUCGACAGUGCUUAUUACCGUUGUUCCCUCAGUGAAGGUCUUUUAUUUGUGUUAUAAUAUGUGGGGCCGCUGCCCUCUUCCUAUUAAGGUCUAAUUAUUUCAAAUGUGGCGACAUUAAUGAUAUUACUUAAUUGAAGAUUUACUGUUGAAAUGCUCAUACAUUGGUUUAACUUGAUUAUGAAGGUGCCAGGAAAAUCAUGUUUUCUUCAAAAAAAUUAGUAGAAGACGGUAAGAUCUCUAUGGCUCGCAAACCUUUUUUCGGCCUCAUCAAAUGUUUUACCUCUUUUUUUGAAUUAUAUAUAUCGUUUUUAGUCGUAUGAUAAUCAAGUUAUCCUGCACGUUCUGGUCAGUGUAAUGCAUUAAAAAUUCAGCGUACGGUUUCAUUUUUAUUUUUAAAAAUAGAGUUUUUUUUUUCUGAGUCAUCAUAAUUGAAAUCAAGAUGUUGAUUGGCCGCCUAUUUUCUCCUUGUACAGCUUUAUGAAGAUGACAUCUGCCUCUGUAUCCUGGAUUCAAAUCCAUUGACUCCUGGGUAUGUUUCUCACUGCUUUUCUUGAAUAUUCGUUUGUGUUCAGAUCGAAUUCCCUGGAAAAACAUCAAUACUUAAUGAUAAACUUAAGUCAUCGACAAAUAACUUCCCCCAAGGGAAGAAUCCCUUUCGAAGAACAGCUUAUCGUAUGAAAUUAAGAUAUUCUGGAAAAAUCCGUGCAAUCUAUGACGACAUUUAAUGGAAGAUGGAUUUGAAAUCUUGGAAAUCACUGUCCGAAAACCCAGUUAAAUCGGUUAUUUCUUUUAAUGUUGGAAGAAACUCCUGAACCUCGGGCAGCCUUGAUCCUUAUAAUUAUGCUGUUUCCCUGAUUCUUAGUCUGUAUAUUCUAUACAUUUCACUGUUUUCAGGCCUAUUUAGAGCAUAAACAGUGAUAGCAUACCAAUGUAAGAUAUUGGAUUUCUUGAUUAAUUUGACUCCAACCUUCUGGUUUGUUUUCUUCUCUUGUAGGCACUCCCUCAUCAUUCCAAAAUCUCACUACACAUCAUUGAAAGAAACUCCUCCUCUUGUAAGUUUCACUAUCCCUAUUUUAGUGUACCUCUGCCAUAAAUUACUGUAAAUGCUCAUGAUGGCCUCUGUCGACCAAGAAAAAAUUCCUAUUAUUUCCUGGACUCCAAGUAUUGUUAUCUUUGUGUGAGUACAAAUCUGUAAUAUCUCUAUUUAUUGUCUAGGAUAGGAUAGUUCUUCAGUCCUGUCCUUCAGUCACGAGCAUGACCUCCAUGGAACUAGGUAAGGGCUCCAUUUCUCAUUCAUUGUGCCACUUAGUUAUCACCGGGGGUACGACUCAAUCAUUCACACUUGGAAAUUCUGGGAAGGGUAAUCUUCGGACUAAAGUAUCCAUCCAAGGUGUUAAAUAGAUUUUUUUGGGUUUUAACCGACCAGCGUAUCCAAAUAUUUGAUGGUUGCCACUACAAGCAUGCAUAAAUGCGUCUUGAUGAACUCAAUUUUGUUUCCUUUUUUCGUAAAUUCAUGAUCUUGAAGGAGGGUUGAUUCUGGUUUUUACCAAUUGGAAACGAUGUCGAAUUUAUACUUAUGUAGGGAUUGUUAAAAGUCUGCUGAUAUUUCAGAUUUUAGAUUAUGAUACAAUGGAUUGAAAGUCGGAAUGUUUGUAUUGUAAUCUGAAUCAACAAUGCGAAGAGUUCGAAGUGUGAGUUAAUUCCAUACCUUUUCCCUUCUCUUUGUUGGAUUCAGAUGACUUUCCUUCCGCCUCUAACUGCAUCUGCUAUAGAAGCUAGCCUGGUUUGUUCAGUGUUGCCACAUGUCCUCUGUGCACUUCUCGAGCAUUAAGUCAUAUAUUUGUCUCUAGUGUGUAUCAUUUAAUCACUAUUCUUCAUCCAAAAAGGAUCUUCUCUUUGUCUCCGGUGAUCUGGAGAAAUUUAUUUUCCCCUGUUAUUUCUACUUCAUUUCCGUCAGCCUCUUAUACUCUCGGUUGAAUGAUCCUGACGAUCCAUCCUCUUUUGGUGUUAAAGGUUCCUAAUCAUCUCAACAGUAGUUGAGAGCUAACGACCUCCAGGUUUCUAAGUUCUUUGGAGGUGAAGUUCUUGAGGUUCGAAGUCCAGGGACAAGAGAAAAAAUUAUACAUGAUUUAUUUGAAUGUUUUUGGUUCCUAUGUUGAAUAUGAGCAUUUGAAAAAAUGGUGAACGAAGGCUAUCACUUGAAAGCCAGAAGAAUGCUGAAGUACUAUUGGUCUUGUUUGGUUUGUGGGCUAGAAUCCUAUGAUUACUGGGGCUGGAUACGCCCGACUCGACAGUAUUUGCCUCUGUUUUUCUGUGUGUGUGUGUGUGUGUGUCUGUGUGCGUAUGAGAGAGAGAGAGAGAGAUUCUGCCACGUGGGUGGUCUGAGGUCAAGCAAGACAGAGUAGACGUUUGACCCGGUCUCUUUAUCAAAGCCUGCACUUGGCCAAGUGAAACCCCUAUUUGAUUCUUGUGCUUAAUGUCUCUGUGCUUCAUACUCUUAUCUCCUUGUCAUUUUUCUAUAUUUUCUUCAUUUUUUCUGUAGUUUGUGUACCGUUUAUGAUUUAUUUCCAAAUUAUUUGACGUGUUUGACGAAGGUUUUAUAUGGGCGAGAUUUCUGGACCUUGGCCAAUUUAGCAUGGGAUUGAGUCUCAGAUCCGAGCCCCGACUUUAGUAUGCUAAACAUGUGGUGACUUCUUAUAAAUUUUCCCAACUUUUCGUUACAGGUGGUAGCCGCUAUGUGCUCCAUUAUACCGCUUCUUAGCAACGCAAUCAUGAAAGCUACGAAAUCUGGCAAGUUAUAAUGAUAUCUACAUUUCUCUUAUAUUGAUCUUCUUUCAGUAGUACCCAUGCCAAAUGAUGCUUGCAAGCACCCUCUACUGACAGAAAACCCAUAGAAUUAGAAUCCUAAUCAAGAUUUGUUGGAUAACUGCUUACCGCGGAAUCAUAGAGAUCCCAGUGGGAUGUUAAUGACUCAACCGAAUAAGUUGACUCCUACAAAGGGUUUGAACCUCUCGGUUUUGUUUCAACAAGAAACUCAUGGGACUCGAAAUCCUUUGAGAGACGUGAAUGACUUGUAUAAGUCAAUGGAGUUUAUUACUUGGAACAAGGGUUUUCGGCGACCAGGUGGGAGGCGCCCAUUUGUGGAUGAGCAGCAGCAAGGCUAGCCCUUACUCGACCCUAUUCCGAAUGAUGAAAACACAGACGUCAGACCCUAUUCCGAAAUACGAGCAAAAUAUGAACACCGAAUGUGACUCUACUAUAUUCUCUGGUGACUAGUUUACUUUAGCCAUUCUUUAUGAUUGUCCAGUGCUCUUCUCACAAAUGCCUGUGCAUGCAUGUGCAAGACAGAUUCGUUCAACUUGCUUGCGAACUCUGGGGUCGCUGCUGGACAAGUAGUAUUUCACGUGAGUUGGUUUACAUGCUUCUUCUACAUACCCAAGGAGUCCGAAGUCUUUGCAUAAAACUUGCUUUUGAUCUAUUUCAUCUUCCCAUAAUCUUCUUUUUCGUUGAAUCUGCAGACCCAUCUUCACAUCAUCCCUCGCAACGAAAACGACUGCUUAUGGAGAUCAGAGGUAAGAAGGAUCCAGCCAAGCAUACCGGGCCCUUUUCUGGGUGGGUCGAGUCUAACGUCCAACCUCCAUUGGCAACUGCGCAGAGUUCUCAGAGGAAGCCCCUCAAGCAGACCCACGAAGCGGCCACUCUCGCGGACGAAAUCCGGGAGCAGUUAUCCUUUCCAGACAAGCGCCGCCCCGGCAGCAGCAGCUGCGGAAAUCACGAAGAACCCAAGCUCAGUGGAGACGAAUAG